AUGAGUGAAGAAUCGAGAGUGAGUGGUGGCGGAGCCCUGAUUGUGCCGGUGGCAUCCUCCGACCAUCGGAAACCCUCCUCGAGAUCAAAUCCCGGCAAGAAAGUUACCAUAAAGAGUGCGGACAUGAAGGAGGACGUGCAGAAAGAUGCAGUCGACAUUGCCAUUGCUGCUUUUGAAAAGUAUAAUGUGGAGAAGGAUGUGGCGGAGCACAUAAAGAAGAUGUUUGACAAGAAAUACGGUCCGACUUGGCAUUGCAUUGUGGGCAAGAAUUUUGGUUCUUACGUGACACAUGAAACAAAUCAUUUUGUCUACUUCUAUUUGGAUUCCAAAGCAGUACUCUUGUUCAAAUCUGGCUGAGCUGUGUGUGGUGACCCAGAUGAAGACAGUUGAUGAUGAAAGACGAAGAAGAUAAGAUUAUGACGAUGGCGACAAUAUAGCCAACCUCCUUUGUAUGUAGUGUCUAAAGAUGUUUAUCUUUGGAAGAGUCCUUGUACUUUAUGCAAGAAUGUUGUUGUGGGUGUUUGUGAUCGAUCUUGUGGCAAAAUUCUGAAGCAUUAAUAAAACCAUGGUGCAGUGAAUUGAGGGCAUUGAAGUUUGAUGGUCCAAAUUCCAUUAUUUUGGCUCAGUUUGUACUAAAUAGACUUAUUGUUAUUAUGACGAUGAUAGAGGGGACAUCGACAUACAGUGCAGUGCAUUUGCUCUCAAUUUUGGAGAAUGGAGAUGGGCUUGGGAAGUUGGGAUAUACUAUUAUUUCCCGUUUGUUGGUUUCUA